CCUCUCUAUUCUUCCCUUUUAGCCCAUGAUGAAACUGCACUGGGGAGGAGAAGCUUACUCCUUGACAGCAGCCUUACAUUUCUUGGGCUCACUUUUCAUUUCCACUUCCCACCCUGACAUAAGCUCCACCCUGGAAUUUCCACUCUUUUUAUGUUUUUUCCAUCUCUCCAGAUACUCCCAGAAACCCUUAUAAAAAGGGGUCCACUCAUGAGACAGAGGCGCAGAUCUCCAGAGUGUCUUAGCCUGUGCUCUGCUGCUCCAAGCCUUCUCUCUUCUCAGGAUCAUGAAGGUCUCUGUGGCUGCCCUCUCCAUCCUCAUGGUCAUGGCCUUCAGCUCUCUGGCAUCCUCUGCACCAAUGGGCUCUGACCCUCCUACCUCCUGCUGCUUCUCCUAUGUCAGCCAACAGCUCCCCAGAAAAUUUGUGACAGAUUAUUAUGAGACCAGCAGCCUGUGUUCCCAGCCAGCUGUGGUGUUCCUGACCAAAAGAGGCCGGCAGAUGUGUGCCAACCCCAGUGAUGCCUGGGUUCAAAGCUAUGUGGAAGACCUGGAGCUGAACUGAGGGGCUCAGGGGCCUUGGAGGAUGACUCUUAAAGGGAAAUGGAGCAAGCUGAGGAAUUCCACAUUCAGAUGCAAUCUCCCCAAGCUCCAGCCUUUUGGAGAUCCUUUCCCCCAUUAGAAAUUAUUCUUAUCUGUGAGAUUUAAUUUAUGUAAAUUAUUUGGUGGCACCUUUGGGUAUUUGUUCUUGCUAUUUGUACUUCUGGAAGACAACUUUUCCCCAUGGGAAACUCUAUUAGCAGCCUGGCAUCUCUUCCUUAAAGUCCUUUGGGGCACCUGCUGCAUUUCAUGAAUAUCUGUAGCACAAAGAUUUCAGAAUAAAAUAUUUGAAAACUGUA